AUGGGGGUUGGAACUGGCUCAGUCUCUAACCCAGAACUGAUGGAAAGGGUCAAGAGGGGUUAUGAAGCCUUCAGUCAGUAUGGUCGUCGUUACGAUGGUGGAGUGAAGCCAAAAUUUAAUGUAAAUCAACUAGCAAUUUCACAGGUUGUCAGCUACAACUUCAGUGGGGAAGGAGAGUGGGAAAGAGCAUCCUGGAGGCCAUUCAUUCACAGCCACUACAGCCCUCUCAAUGUCACGGUUAACGGCAUCCCCUGCAUUCUCUUCUGGGCCAAGAGGAUCAUGAUUAAGUUUGAAAACCACACGCAGCUGGAUUUGACAGAGAAGACGUUUGGUGUCCAUGCAACAGUGGAUGUUGGAGAUUCAAACUGCAGUGAAGACAAUGCAAUGCUUUCUCUGAAGUUUGGUGACAUUGGCAAUCUGAAGGGUCUUGUUAUUAGAUUCUUAUUAACAACCAGCUAUUACCAGAUGUCUGUCCAGAACUGGUUCCAUGUACACAGACUGCAGCUUCUUUACAACCACUCCAUACAGGCGACAUUUAACGCAACAAGAAUAUAUGCACCAGCAAGUUACUCCUACCACUGUGAACAUGUGAGCAGCCUGCAGAGAUAUGAUGCACUCCUUGUACCCAGCUCUGCAAAUGAUCUUUCGAAGCUUUGGGAAGUCACUUUUACUGAUUUCCAGAUUCAAGGUUUUAACAUUCAAGAAGGACAUUUUGCCUAUGCAAAAGACUGUGCAUCCUUUUUCUCUCCAGCAAUACUUAUGGGAUUGGUUACAUCUCUGAUUCUGCUGCUGGUUCUUGCCUAUGCUCUUCAUAUGCUGAUCUACCUGAAGUCUCUUGACAGGCACUAUGAAUGCAAAGCUUAUCCUGCCUAUUUUUCACAGAUGAAAUACAAUGACAUGGAGGAUGAGAAAGAGCCACUAAGAAGCAGUGGGAAUGAGUCCUAUGAACUUAGAAAUCAACAGUUCUGUAAAAUUUAUAUUUAGGAGUAUGCAUCUGUCUCAGUGAAACAAGUGGUAUUUUCUUCUGUUGGUACUGUUGUAGGUAGUUUGUGCUGAUUUUUCACCAGCUUUUGAAAGAAAAGUAGGUAACAGACUGUUUAUCCAGUU